UGUGUCCCGCGCUUCAACGCAACGACGUUGAAGUAAAAAAAAGAAGAAAAGAGUCAGGUUUCAUCGCUCUUGACUUGCCGUACUUUUCCGAAGUGUUUCUAAACCAGAGGAAGCAAGAAUGAAUAUUAUAUAUAAUAAAAAUAUAUAAUAUAUUAUAAAAUAUAUAUUUUUUAAAUCAGAAUUUAAAAAAUGUUUUUUACGUAUUUGUAAUAAUAUCUGUGAAUACCGUCAGACAAGCCUGAAGUUUAUUUAACAUUGGCAACCCUCCCCAAAACAUAUUUUUUGUUGGUUGCUGUGCGGAUGAGGAUCUAAAAGUGGCUAGCAACUUAGGCUAAUGUUAGUCACGAACGGGAUCAUCAUUUUGAGAUUUAUCAGCCAGUGAAGUAGCAAGCGUCUUGGCUAAAUCUUGAAUAAUUUCUGUGACUAUGGCGGAGGGAGCGGGGAUAAAUUCAUUUACCUCCAGGGUUACAAAAAGAGUUAGCAAUGUGAAUGUUGCUCCUGCACCCGCAAACAUGCGACGGAAAAGUCGACAACAAAGUCAAAGGCGGACUACACACAACCGGGUGGUUCUGGAGCGGGUCCUGGGCAUCACCACCUCUAACGGCAGUGGGCUGGCCUGUGACCCCAACACUGGCCUGGUGGCCUACCCAGCUGGGUGUGUUGUUGUAAUCCUGCACCCAAAGAAAAACAAACAGACCCACAUCCUCAACACUUCAAGAAAAACCUUCACCGCCUUGGCCUUCUCUCAGGAUGGAAAGUAUUUGGUCACUGGUGAGAGUGGUCACAUGCCCUGUGUGCGGGUUUGGGACGUGGCCGAGCAGGCCCAGGUGGCAGAGGUACAGUGCCAUAAGUACGGGGUGGCCUGCGUGGCCUUCUCAACCAACAGCAGCUACAUCGUGUCCGUAGGCUACCAGCACGAUAUGACCGUCAGCGUCUGGGAGUGGAGGAAGGGGACGGUGAUAGCGUCCAACAAGGUGUCUAGCAGAGUUCUGUCCGUCUCCUUCUCUGAAGACAACAGCUACUUCGUCACGGCAGGAAACCGACACGUCAAGUUCUGGUACCUCGACGCCUCUAAAGAGAGACGGGUGAACAGCACGGUGCCUCUGAUUGGCCGAUCAGGAUUGCUAGGGGAACAGAGGAACAGCAUGUUCUGUGGUCUGUCGUGUGGGCGGGGCAACAUGGCCAGCAGCACCUAUUGCAUCACUUCCUCUGGCCUGCUGUGUCAGUUCAACAGCAGGAGGAUGCUUGACGCCUGGGUGGACCUCAAGACCACCUCUGCUCGCUGUCUGUCGGUGAAUGAAGUAUUUAUCUUCUGUGGCUGUGCAGAUGGUACCGUCCGACUCUUCAGCCCCCAGAACCUUCAUUACAUCACCACCCUGCACCGGCCACACUGCCUGGGAGUGGACGUCACACAGGGCCUUCAGCCAGGGCAUCUUUUUGUUGCCGACCCCAAGGCAGAAUACCCAGACACCCUAGCCUUGACCUUUGACCCUGUAACCCGUCACCUGACCUGUGUGUACAACGAUCACAGCGUGUACGUGUGGGACGUCCGUGACAUCAAGAAUGUGGGGAAGGUCUACUCUGCCCUCUACCACAGCGGCUGUGUCUGGAGUCUAGAGACAUACCCGGACAUGGAUCUGUCCCGCUCCUGUCUGCCCCCUGGGUCUUUCCUCACCUGCUCUUCAGACAACACCAUCCGGCUGUGGCACAGCGACCCAGGACUGGUGCAGGGAACCAGCUGCCUGCGUAACCUCUACAGCCACGAUCUGUUGAGGAUUGUGUACGUGGGGGAGGAUACCCAACACCUUCAGACGGAUGGGGAGAGAGGAGAGGGGGGCGGGAUGGACGCUAAGUCAGGGAUCAGAGUCCUGGGCAUCAGUCCUGAUGGACAACAUCUGGCGGCUGGAGACCGCAACGGAAACGUACAUAUAUUUGGUCUACAGUUCAUGGAUCAGCUGCAGAAGAUUGAAGCCCACGACUCUGAGGUGCUGUGUCUGGAGUUCUCCCCUGCAGAGACGGGGCUUCACCUGCUGGCGUCGGCCAGUCGAGACCGUCUCAUCCACAUCUUCAACAUGGAGAAGAGCUACAGUCUGGAGCAGACCGUCUAUGACCACUCUGCCUCCAUCACCGCUAUCAAGUUCACUGGAGUCAGCCCAGAGGUCCUCAUGGUGAGCUGUGGUGCUGAUAAGAGUAUCUACUUCCGCACUGCUGAACAGUCUUCGGAGGGUCUGAACUUUGCCCGUAGUCACCACGUAGUAGAGAAGACCACUCUGUAUGAUAUGGACCUGGACGCUACACACACACACACCGCCAUCGCCUGUCAGGACCGGAAUAUCAGAGUGUACAACGUGAAGAGUGGCAAGAUGAAGAAGUGUUUCAAAGGUUCUACAAGUGACGAAGGAACACUGCUGAAGGUUCAGAUGGACCCCGCUGGGAUCUACCUAGCAACAAGCUGCUCUGAUAAGAGCAUCUGUAUCUUUGACUAUGAGUCAGGAGAGUGUGUGGCCACCUUGUUCGGUCACUCAGAGAUUGUGACUGGGAUGAGGUUCAGCCAGGACUGCAGACACCUCAUUACCAUAUCUGGAGACAGCUGUGUGUUCCUGUGGAGGCUGGACUCCCAGAUGACUAACUCUAUGAGGAAGAGACUGGCUGAGAGGAAACGGACAGCUGGAGUGACGACUACCGCCAAAGCUCCGACCAAGGAGCAUCUUAUCCGGAGAGAGACCUUCAUUACUGUGCCAUUGGGCCACCUCCCCCAGGCAGGAGAGGAAGAGGAGGAAGAUGAUCCCAGGACUCCUGCUAGAUGUGACAUCACUCAUGACUGCCUUGCUCUAGACCCCAUGGUUCCACAGACCAACGGCAAACUGCCCAUGUGGGCCAGGAAACUGGGUCCUGCAGCAGGCACCACUGUUCUCCCUGCCGAGCUCCAGGCAGCACACCUCCAGCCGCGCGGGCGCUGGGCAGAGCAUCUCAACCCCCUGGCCAUCCGCUCUGUCCUGGAGACACACAGCCUGCAGCGCCCUCUCUCACCCACCCCCCGCAGAGCAGAGGGACCAGGAGAGGAGGAGGAGGAGGAGGAUGAGGAGGAAGAUUCAUACUUCCACCCUCAGAGCCUGGACAGCCUGCUUGGAGAGGAGGAGGAGGAAGAUGUGGCAGUGGUGGAGGAGGAGGAAGAUGUGGUGGAGGAGGAGGAAGAUGUGGUGGAGGAUGACGACAACGAAGAUCAGGGUUCUGGGUCUCUUCAGAGGCCCGGGUUCCUGGCCCUACCGGACAGUGACGACAUGUUUGGUCCAGGCCUCAGUAGCUACGUUCUUUACCCGGCUAACAGCACCACGCUGUCCACUGGAGGAGGAGAGGGUGAGUUUGGCCAGCGGCAGCAGGGCUGGGGAGGAGAGGACGAGCUGAGUCCAGACAGCGCCUGUUGUGUUGGUUCUGCAGAGAGCCAGGACCAACCCCAGGAUGAUACUGACUCCCUGAGCCAGGUGAGUUCUACAGGUAGUUCUGGAGUGGAGGAAGAGGAGGAAGAUCCACAGACACUCCUUAGACAACACUUUGACACCAUGGCCAAUCACCUGAGCAACGAGGAGAGGUUUGAGACUGACCUGUCCAGUCUACAGACUCCACCCAUAGAGACCGAGAGCCUCUUCCUCAACCCCCGAUUCAGCAUCUCUACACGCUUCCUGUCUCGUUUCCAGAGCCGACUCCGUGGUCCUGGUUCUGCCCUGCGUCCUGCUCCUCUCCCGCCCAGCAUCACUGAGGAGCCCAGCAGCCAGUCCUCACCUGACCCGACCCCCAGCCUCAACACUACUCAGGCUAACUCCAAGCAGUUUGUCGUGAGCAGUACUACAGAAUCUGUUCAAGAGGAGAACCAGACCCCUGUGAGGGGUGCGGAGUGUCAUCCAACGUCUUUAAAGAGGCGCUCCUCUUCGGUCCAGCAGACUCCCCAACCCCGCCAUCCCCUACGCAGCCGCAAAACCAUAGCUGUUCUACACUGGAGAGACACUCUGGGAGAUGUGCCCGAUAAAACCCUGAGGUCUCAGUCUAGUGGUCCAUCAUCAUCAUCCAGCUCCACCCUCAAACCCUCCCAGCCCGGCCUGGACAAGGAGCCCCUGACCCGGCUGCCUCGCCAGCGUUACAUGGGCACCACCACCAGCUCCAGAGCCAAGAGGUCCCAGGGUGAGGGCCUGAACAUCUCCCCGACUGAGGAGCACCCUGCUGGGGGCAAGAUCAUGGAGGCGAGAGCCUCAUCCCCCCAGGACCUCCAGAACAUUACAGACCCGGAGUGCAAGGAGAAUCUGCCGCCCCCUGUAGUCCAGCCCCCUGUAGUCCCGCCACCUGUAGUCCAGCCCCCUGUAUCCCACACCACCACCCCUUCCUCAGUGGAGCCUCCUGCUCCUGCCAGCCAGCCUCCCUCCGUCCCUCCUUCUCCUGCGGGGAACCACAGAGCCAGAGCAGCUCUCCACCUGGACCUGGCUGUGCCCUCUGAUCCCCCCACCCCAACCUUCCCUCUGGCCUCCCACAAGUCCCAGAGGAGGUUUGGAGACUCGACCCGUCCGACCCGCCACGCCUUGGUCACCCCAACUGAGAUGCGUUCUCUUGGGAAGGAGGCGAAGAGGUGCCUCCGUAACAUGGAGGACAGCUUGGGGCCAUGGGGAGGAUUACCAGGGUUCCGCAGCAGCCCAGCCCCCACCACGUCUCCGGCCUCCACCACGUCUCCGGCCCCCCAUCUGUGCCCAACCCUCCCUCAGGCCCAGCUCACUGAGAACCCCUCCCAUCUGCCCCAGCUGCAGCAGGCUAGCGACAGUCCUGUGUCUGGUUCUGCCUGUUCCUUCCCUCUCCACGGUGACUCUGGUCUCCACGGUGACUCUGGUCUCCACGGUGACUCUGUAGAGGAAACCCUGAACCUUCAGAUGUGUCACCAGGUGGCCAACGAGUUGAGGCACACCAUGAGAAGAGCCGUCACAUUCUACAACAAGGUCUGCUGUAUGACAGACAGCCCAGAGCAGCAGGGCCAGAUGUCGGCCAUUUUAAAAGAGGCCUUUUGUGUGGCUCAGACGGAGCUGGCCUCUGUGUUUCCUUCGGGUCAGACGUCAGCAGCAGGUCACAGCGCCCCCUGUCCCCUGGAGGACUCUCCAGGUCGCCAGCUGAGAGACGACCGGACCGUGGCUCUAUUGGAGAAAUACUCUGAGAUGCUGCUGUUCAUUGCUGAGAAGAAGAUGGACAGUAGCUAGUUGAUGGGUUUGACUAGAUGGGAUGCCCCGCUAAUAUCAGAAGUUACUUUUCGUAGCAGGUUAGGGGAAUUAAGUUAAGGUUAGGAAAAGUUAUCCCUGGACGCGACUCGAAUAUGCACGUUUUAACAGACAUGAACCUAGCUGAUGGAGGAUGAGACAAGACGUCCUUACGUGAAGCAAAUAUUAACUAACCAGAUGUGAGCAAUUAGAUGCUUUCACUUCUCACCAGACGGUUUUCAAUAGCAUCCUGUCUCUUCUAACCAGACCGUCUUCAAUAGCAUCCUGUCUCUUCUCACCAGACUGUUUUCAAUAGCGUCCUGUCCCUUCUAACCAGACUGUCUUCAAUAGCAUCCUGUCUCUUCUAACCAGACCGUCUUCAAUAGCAUCCUGUCUCUUCUCACCAGACUGUUUUCAAUAGCAUCCUGUCCCUUUUAACCAACAGCACCUUUUUAAAACCUGACCAGACGACUGACUCUGUAUAUUAGAAUGUUUAAUUAGAUUCGUUUUAAACCCCAAACUUUCAGUGAAAUGUUUAGCACCUCAUUAGAGACCGACUGAAAUAAGGCACUGGUAAAUACAUGCUUCACAAUCUAGUUUAAAGUCUCCAAAUUGUUUAAAAAUCUUUUAGCUUUGUCUUAUUUUCCUAUUUAUCUUAAUUAAUGGAUGUUUUAUUUCACGUUUUCUUUCUUUUUGCUUAUUACUUUAAUUGAAAGCUCUUUGUUUUGUUGUCUGUCUUUUUUUGUGUGUGUUUUGGUAGCUGUUGUCAUUCUUCGAUUUAUUUAGCUCACAAAAGCAUCUCAAAGUAGAAGUGCUGAUCUAGGAUCAGUUUAUCAUUUUAGAUGCAUUGUGGGUUUUAUUUUUUUAUUUUUAUGAAUACGAUCACAUUAGACAGAUCCUAGAUCAGCACUCCUUCUCUUGGAUGCUUUGUGGCUACGAGCCCAGGUCCUUAACCCCAUUCCGUAUCUAACCUUGUAGCCAUGGUAACGCUUUAUUUUAAAACAUGAUCUAUUUUGAGCGUCAAAGCAGUCAACGAGGAGUCAUUCAGCCACAACCAAAGUGACCUGCUUUAAUCAGUGUUUACAUUUGAAUCUCUUAUUAUUAUGGUCUGUUUCUUUUUGACCUGUCCAGGUAUUUGUGUACCAGGUUAUGUUUUGCUAGUUGAUACUGAGUUCUCUCUAUCCAAGCAGUCAAGUCGAAGUUCAGUAUUAGUGUGUUUUCCGCUUGCUUCCUAUUGAGGUUGGAGCCAACAGGCACUAGUGUUAAGGGCUCUAUUAUGUUAAAGCCUGUGGAAUCAGAUGGGUAGAAUAGUCUCACCGUCACCUGCAGUGUUUUGUACAGUUCCCCUGUGGUGUUUCACCUGUGUAUGUACAUUAUUUGUAAUAUUUUUACUUUUCUGCUUUUGCAUUCAUACAAAAUGUAUAUUUUACUAAGAAUGUGUAAUAAAGUUUUUUUUUACAUAUUG